AUGGCUCCGACACCACCUGAUAUCCCUCCUUCCAGCGAGGAAGCCACCAGAAGACGAGUGAGCAAGAAGCUUCACAAGAAACGCAGGGAAGAACACCGACCGACCAUGGAACUGCCUGACCGGUUAAAAGAGACGGGCGACGAGGCCGACGAGGAUGUAGUGCCUCAACAAGGCGGCCAGAUGUUCAUGAACAUGAACCAAUCCAUCUUUGGCCUGAUUGCUGCCGCCGGCUCUACUGUCGACUUCAACGAUCGCUUUGAGGAACAGUCGAGUGACGAAGACGACACCGACCACCAGAAACAUCCCCUUGGGAGGACCAGAGGAAAAGAGAUGGAGAAGGCAAAGGAGCCACAAGAUGUGUCCAAGUCGCAAACACUGAAGAAGAGCUCGUCGGACAAGACGGAAAAGAAACACCGACGCCGGAUAUCUGCUCAACUGCUGCAAUCUCUACCUACACUGCCCCGACUUUCCAGCAAGUCCAGAUCCAAAUCUUCCAAACUCAAAUCGUCUCCACACUCUGCCAAUACCUCUGACCUGGCAGGGUCUCCAUCGUACAAUGACGGCUCCUUAGAUCCCAAGUCGCCUGAUAUCGAUAUUACAGCAGCCGACCGCCGGGGAAGUGCGGCGCCCGUCAUGAGCAUGAUGCUCGAAGCCCGUGCCGAGAUGGCUGCUAGGCCCAGCUUUGACCUGGAAAGAUUGUCAGUCGACCUACGAAGAGGCGGCGAUGCGGCAGAUAAUGGCGACACUGAGCUUGCCCUGCGGCUGAAGGAGAUCUUCGAGUUCGACCACCCCGAAAAGGUGUUGGAAGAAUACCCUUGUUGGCUUCUUCAGAGUGUACUUCUCCAGGGUUAUAUGUACAUCACUGCCAAACACAUUUGUUUCUACGCAUACCUACCAAAGAAAGCACACGAAGUCGCCAAGUCAGGCUAUCUGUCCAAGAGUGGAAAACGUAACCCAAAGUACAAUCGCUAUUGGUUCCGCCUCAAGGGCGAUGUCCUAGGUUACUAUCGCGACUCUUCGAACCUCUAUUUUCCUAGUGGCCAGAUUGACUUGCGAUACGCUAUAAAAGCGCACAUUACGGACAGUGAUAAGGAAAGCUUACAUUUCUCCGUUGUUACUGACCACAGGACGUAUCACUUCAAGGCCGACAGUGCUCCGAGUGCCAAGGAAUGGGUAAAGAGUCUUCAGAGAGUCAUUUUCCGUUCCCACAACGACGGUGACAGUGUCAAAAUUUCCCUGCCGAUCAGAAAUGUUGUGGAUAUCGAAGAGACGCAAAUGCUCGAUUUUGCCGACACCAUCAAAAUCAGGGUCAUUGACAACGAGGAGACGUUUGCCCUGGACGAGUACCUCUUCUCCUUCUUUGGAUUUGGAAAAGAAGCUUGCAACGUGCUCAGGAUUCUGGUGGAGGAUACGAAAGACCAACAAGAGUUGGGGUCCAAACUCCAUAUUCCCCAUCGACGAGGUAAUCACGACGCGUCAUCCAAUCGAAGCUCGAUAAGUGCUUCAAGGACCGAGGGUCCAGGCGGUGAAUUGAGGCCACCCAAGCCUCGUGAAAACGUCAAAGCAACCCUGCCACCCAUGUCUCCGGCUAGUCCAGGAGAGUCCAGUAUUCGAGCCAGCGGCGAAUUCAGCAGAAGCAGUUUCGACGCCUUCCGAGGCUUUGGUCGGAGAAGUCUUGACCUUGACAGUCUCACUCGUGGUAAUUCACCACAUCGAAGUUUUAGCAGUCGAUCACACAGCAAAGCGAAAGAUUACAGGACACAGGUGCCAUCGGACAAGCACGCGUCAUCGGAGUCAUACGUGCAGUCCAUCGACGAUCCCAGUUUGUCUAAUCUCGUGGCUUCCUCUAGUGAGGAUCAAACCGGUAGUCAGAUAUUGAGGGACAGUCAAAUUUUUCACAGACCUACGAUAUACCGGCGGUCAACCUCUAGGCCGCGGGUCAAACAUCAGCAUACCGAGCCAGACAGGCGACAUGCUACGCGGCAGAACGACGCACUACAGCCACACCAUCCCUAUCAUGCAGCAACAACUGGUCACAUGGGAGAUCUUGCUUCUGACCACGCAGUUCCACCGACUCCCACGCUGCAGAACUUGGCUAAAAUGGGGUCUUAUCCCCUCCAGAGGGCGGGCUACUUUGCCGGCUACCUCAACCAGACGAGCCGGAAGAUGGGCAACCUGUUAGCUACUGAGUCCAUGGGAUACGUCGAGAAGGUCUCUGGAAUGUGGAAGGGCGGCCGCAAACAUUAUCCUGACCCGGAUGCCCCUAAGACAGACGAGGAGUUAGAGGAUGACGGUGAAGAUGAGGACGACAUCGACGGCAAAUUGGCAACGACAAUGCAACGAUUUCGAGAUCACUUUGCCUUGCCUGAGUCUGAGAAACUCCGUGCAACAUACUUUGGUUAUAUGAUUCGGGUGUUGCCGCUCUAUGGCAAGAUCUACAUCAGCGAUCGAAACUUCUGCUUCCGCAGCCUGUUACCCGGCACUCGUACCAAGCUCAUUUUACCUAUCAAGGAUAUUGAGACCGUCCACAAGGAGAAGGGCUUCCGAUUCGGCUAUUCUGGUCUUGUUCUUGUUGUUCGUGGUCAUGAAGAACUCUUUUUCGAGUUUGGCCAGAAUGAGGUAAGGGAUGACUGUAGUGUCACUAUGAUCAAGUACCUCGAGAAGAUGCGAUAUCUUCGAGAAUCUCAAUAUCUCGAGAAAGAAGAACAAGAGCAGGUGGAUGACGCUAUUGCGGAAAGAGAUGCGCUGAAUGAGGCACGUCUGAAAGAGAACACAGACCAUGAGGUCAAGAUGCCAAAAGAGGUUUCGAUCCUUGGUGACUCAUCACCUACAAUAUUAUUUGACGACCCAAAGUCAUCUUUUCUUAACUUCAAACCGGCGCAGUCAUUAAAGAUCACCUGCUUAACUAUCGGUUCGAGAGGCGAUGUCCAGCCGUACAUUGCACUAUGCAAGGGCCUCAUGGCCGAUGGCCAUCGGCCACGCAUCGCAACACACGCUGAGUUCAAAGACUGGAUUGAGGGUCAUGGUAUUGAGUUUGCCCCGGUUGCUGGUGAUCCAGGUGAGCUUAUGCGUCUCUGCAUUGAGAACGGCACUUUUAGCUUUGCAUUCCUGAAGGAGGCAAACACCACGUUUCGAUCUUGGCUGGAUGAUCUUCUGGUUUCAGCUUACGACGGCGUCAAGGGAAGCGACGUGUUGAUCGAGUCACCAUCUGCUAUGGCCGGCAUUCAUGUGGCUGAAGCUCUUCAAAUACCUUACUUCCGCGCCUUCACCAUGCCUUGGACUCGUACUCGUGCUUACCCCCAUGCCUUCAUCAUGCCGAACAACAAGAUGGGCGGCGCCUACAAUUACAUGACCUACGUCAUGUUCGAUACCGUGUUUUGGAAAGCCAUGGCUGGACAAGUAAACAAGUGGAGGAAAGUCACACUUGGGCUGCCUCCAACGAACCUUGAGAAGCUCGGACAGAAUAAAGUGCCUUUCAUGUAUAAUUUCUCCCCAUCUGUGGUGGCGCCACCAUUGGACUACUCCGAUUGGAUUCGGGUCACGGGCUACUGGUUCCUGGACGAAGGAACCGAAUACGUGCCUCCUAAUGAUCUGCGCGAGUUCAUUGAGCAGGCACGGAAAGACGAGAAGAAGCUUGUCUACGUAGGCUUUGGGUCAAUCGUCGUUUCGGACCCGGCCAAGAUGACACAAGAUGUUAUUGAUGCCGUGCUCAAAGCCGAUGUACGAUGUGUGCUCUCGAAAGGAUGGUCCGACCGAAUGGGUGGCCAAUCCAGUAUUCCAGAGCCUGAGCUGCCACCUGAGAUCUUCCGAAUCAAGUCAGCGCCGCACGACUGGUUGUUCGCCCAGAUGGACGCAGCAGCGCAUCACGGUGGAUCAGGUACAACUGGUGCUAGCUUGAGGGCCGGUAUACCCACGAUCAUCAGACCUUUCUUCGGUGAUCAGUUCUUCUACGGGGCGAGAGUGGAGGACCUCGGUGUCGGCAUCUGCCUCAAGAAGUGGGGUGUUAGCUCGUUUGCAAGAGCAUUAUGGGAAGCGUGCAACAGUGACCGGAUCAUCGUCAAAGCCAGAGUCCUUGGCGAGGCAAUCCGAAAAGAGAACGGUGUAGAUACGGCAAUUCAAUCACUCUACCGUGAUCUCGAGUAUGCACGCUCUCUCGUGGUAGCCAAGGCCGGCAAGCACCAAGCCGCUAAGCACGGUAAGCAAGAUGCUGCAGCGAGCGACGAUGAAGACGAAGAGGAGAGUUGGACCUUCGUUGGCUCCGGUGACGACUUUGACCCCGAGCUUGUAGUCAAGAAGUCAGCGUUGGCGGAUGCGGAGCAUCAGCUUGUAUUUGGCAAGGGCAAAGGGACUUCCUUGGGAAGCAAGGUGCUCGGCUCCUUCACGGCGGGUAAUGUGGCCACGCCUGGCAGUUUUUAG